CAGACCGUUUAGAAAUGGAGGAGAUGUACCUCGAAGGAGAAUCAGAGAUCCAGAUACAAUCCGAAGGGAUUGACGAAGCCGUUACUUAUAUGAAGCAAACCUUGCAUGACAUGAAGCUGCAGGACGCUAUCCAUAGACAAGAUAUAAGGAAAUUAGAGAAAGGUAACAGUAAAAUGGAGGAGAAAAUCGAAAAGCUUAAGAAAAAUAUUGAUCAGUUGGAGAAGCAGAAGACUACAGAUACCCAGUAUUUGUUGAAGCAGAAUGAGUUUUUGACUAAAGUUCUCAUGGCAAAGAAAAUUGAUGCUAGUAAUGAAGAAACUGGCAAACCAAACACUAAGACUACAGAUACUCAUAAAGAACGACUUAAGAAUAAGAAGGAGAGUGUGAAGAGAACAAAGGAACUCGUUGACAUCACCAAUGAGCUUGAGUACAAAUCAUCGAGCAUUUUGGGAGAAGCUCAGCAGCUAAAUCAAGAUAUUGAACAAGUUGAAAAAUAUCCUGAGGAACACAGAUCCGCUAUUGUGAAAAGCUUGUUCAUGAAUAUGAUGAACUUAAUGGAAAAUCUAGACUCAGCCUCCAAAGUGAGUGACUACAAGGGAGACACAAGUGCUCUAUCACAGAACACAAGUACUCUCAACAAAAGUGAGUCAAAAUUGGCCAAGCAGGAUGUGCUUGACUGUAAAAUUUCUAAUGAUAAUGACAUUAUCAAGAAGCAGAUUGAGGAUAUUGACUUUAGAACAUCUGUAAUUAAAUAAAAUGAGAAUCUCAGCACAAAAGGACAUUUUCGAGAUUGAGAAGAAGCUCGAUUUCAUUGAAAAAGGAGUUCCAGAGGAACAGAAAAAUGAAGUAGAGCUCUUACGUUCCAUUGAUCUUAACAAAGAAGCAACCCUAACUAAUCAUAGAACAAAUGAGAUAUUAGCUAACCUAAAGGAAAAACUAGAAACAAAUGCUACAGGUGAUGUAGGCGAAAGAAGACUUAUUAAGGAACUCAGUUCAAGAGACAGUUAA